CCCUCUGUGUCUCUCAACUCUCUCCCUCCCUCCUAACACACACACAGAGUAAAAAACAUGGAGAGCUUCGCACUUCACUCUCUCUCCGCCACAUCCACAACUUCUUUCCCUCUCUCAUCCACAAGCGCCGCCUUCCUCCGCCACAGAUCACUACAACCCGUCUCUAAAUUCUCUCCAUCUCUUUCAAUUUCAAUCUCGACUCAACGAUCAUUCUCUUCAAGCUUAAUCCCCAAACCCCUUGUCUUCUCUCCCCUCACCAGAAAAACCCACUUCCCAAUCCGCGCUUCCUCCUCUUCUCUGCCACCAGCAGAGGUCACCCCACCGACACCGAUCUCAUCUCCACCGCAAGGAGCUAAAGUUAUCCCCUUCAUCAUCUCAAUCGCAAUUGGACUCCUUGUCCGAUUCUUUGUCCCUAAGCCCGUCGAUGUGACUCCGCAAGGAUGGCAGUUGCUAUCAAUUUUCGUGUCAACGAUUGCUGGGCUCGUCUUGAGCCCUCUGCCUGUUGGGGCGUGGGCUUUCUUAGGGCUAACAACUUCAAUUGUGACCAGGACACUAACCUUCUCCACUGCGUUCAGUGCCUUCACUAACGAGGUCAUCUGGUUGAUUGUCAUUUCUUUCUUUUUUGCUCGUGGGUUUGUGAAAACAGGGCUUGGAGACAGAAUUGCCACUUAUUUCGUGAAGUGGCUGGGGAAGAGCACUCUCGGGUUGUCCUAUGGGCUCACUAUCAGUGAGGCCUUGAUUGCUCCAGCAAUGCCGAGCACCACUGCAAGGGCCGGUGGGGUUUUCCUGCCGAUUAUCAAGUCGUUGUCGCUGUCUGCUGGGAGUAGACCCGGUGACUCUUCUUCGAGGAAGCUUGGUGCUUACCUCGUUCAAUCCCAAUUUCAGUCUGCUGGUAACUCCAGUGCCCUUUUCUUAACUGCUGCAGCACAAAAUUUGUUAUGCCUCAAAUUAGCUGAGGAACUUGGGGUGAUUAUUUCAAGUCCGUGGGUUUCUUGGUUCAAGGCUGCUAGUCUACCUGCAAUUGUUUCUCUUCUGCUUACUCCACUUGUCUUGUAUAAGCUUUAUCCUCCCGAAACCAAAGACACACCAGAUGCUCCUGCAAUGGCUACAAAGAAGCUGGAGCAAAUGGGUCCUGUUACUGGAAAUGAAUGGGUCAUGGUUGGUACAAUGCUUCUUGCAGUGUCUUUGUGGGUCUUUGGAGAAACUCUUGGCAUACCUAGUGUUGUGACUGCAAUGAUUGGCUUGUCGAUUCUCCUUUUGUUGGGAGUCCUUGAUUGGGACGAUUGCUUAAGUGAAAAAUCAGCUUGGGAUACUUUGGCUUGGUUUGCUGUUUUAGUGGGCAUGGCAGGCCAAUUAACAAACCUUGGCAUUGUGACCUGGAUGUCUGAUAGUGUUGCUACGGGUCUUCAAUCUCUCUCUUUGAGCUGGCCUGCUGCGUUUGGUGUUCUUCAAGCUGCCUACUUUUUCAUCCACUACCUAUUUGCUAGCCAAACUGGUCAUGUAGGAGCCUUAUACUCUGCAUUUCUUGCCAUGCAUUUAGCUGCUGGAGUGCCUGGUGUGUUGGCAGCGCUCACUUUAGCUUACAACACAAAUCUCUUUGGUGCUCUUACACAUUAUAGUAGUGGUCAGGCUGCGGUAUACUAUGGAGCUGGUUAUGUAGACCUUCCCGAUGUAUUCAAAAUGGGAUUUGUAAUGGCAGUGAUUAAUGCUAUCAUCUGGGGAGUAGUGGGAACAUUCUGGUGGAAAUUUCUGGGCCUCUAUUGAUUUUUGAUGUCCUUCUAUCUAAAUUUUGCGACUCCAUUUUGUAUGAUGUCCUGUUUCAGGAAACAGCAAGCCCAUUGAUUUAAUUUAAAGAAAGGUACAAUUUUCUUU